AUGGAGGUGGAGGAGGAGGAAAGACGCUCUCCACACGAUCAUGUGGAUCGGUGUGUUCCCGAGAGCUUCUUUGAUCGCGUAACGCAAGGGUUACGCGACGAUCUCGAACAUGAGCGGAAUAGGCGUCUCCAAAUGGCGGACAAUGCCUCGAAGCAUCGAGCUGAGUUUGCCUUUGCUCAGCUCGAGAACGAGAGAUCUCUGACAUCUCUUCGUGACGAGCUAAGGGUAGCUCGUGGGAUUGUUGAUCGGUCUCGGGCUGAGAUAACUUCUCUUCAGACCCUUGUUGAUGCCCACCAUCGGGAGCACAAGGCUCUCUGCGAGAUGCUUGAGCGCAAGGGCGUUCUUCAUCGGAAGAAGCAGCGUACUGAUGGUACGGCUUAA